CUUGGAAGUUUUCAGUUUUCCAUAGACCUCAGUUGUUGCAAACAUGCUCACUCUGACGUUACGGCAGACAGUUCGGUCUAUUCUUCUCAGGGGUUCAGGAUGUUUGGGAAAGGAGGGAUGGAUCACUGCGGAGUCAUGCAGACGGGGCCUCAGCAGUGUCGGCGGGUGGACGGGACAGGACAGCCUGUCUCAGGAUGACCCAGAGAUCUGGAAUCUCCUGCAGCAGGAGAAGGACAGGCAGUGCCGGGGGCUGGAGCUCAUCGCGUCAGAGAACUUCUGCAGCCGUGCAGCUCUGGAGGCUCAGGGGUCCUGUCUCAACAAUAAAUACUCUGAAGGAUACCCAGGACAAAGGUAUUAUGGCGGUGCAGAGGUCGUGGACCAGAUUGAGUUGUUGUGUCAGAGACGAGCACUUAGCGUCUUCGGCCUGGACCCAAACCUGUGGGGCGUGAACGUCCAGCCAUACUCCGGAUCUCCUGCUAACUUUGCAGCCUACACCUCCGUACUGCAGCCUCAUGACCGCAUCAUGGGCCUGGACCUGCCUGAUGGUGGACAUCUCACCCAUGGCUACAUGACAGACAACAAGAGAAUAUCAGCCACCUCCAUUUAUUUUGAAUCCACACCUUACAAGCUGGACCCUCAAACAGGUCUAAUCGACUAUGACCAAAUGGAAAAGACAGCCCGCCUUUUCAGACCCAAAGUCAUCAUUGCAGGAACCAGCGCGUACGCUCGCCUCAUUGACUACCCGCGCAUGAAGAAGCUAUGCGAGGAGCUAAAUGCCUACCUGCUGGCGGACAUGGCUCAUAUCAGUGGCUUGGUGGCAGCUGGAGCGGUUCCCUCUCCUUUCCAGUGCGCUGACCUGGUCACCACCACUACCCAUAAGUCCCUUCGUGGGUCAAGGGCUGGUAUGAUCUUCUACCGAAAAGGUGUGCGAUCCGUGAACGCCAAAGGUCGGGAGGUGCUCUAUGAUCUCCAGGACAGGGUGAACUUUGCCGUGUUUCCAUCACUCCAGGGAGGACCACACAAUCAUGCCAUUGCUGGGGUGGCCGUCGCCCUCAAACAGGCUUCCUCUCCUAUGUUCAAACAGUACAUUGCUCAAGUGCUGCUGAAUUGCAAAGCCAUGGCUGACGCGCUGCUAAAGAAAAGCUACACCCUGGUGUCAGGUGGGACAGAUAACCACCUGGUCUUGGUUGACCUUCGACCUCGUGAGAUGGACGGUGCUCGAGCGGAGAGAGUCCUGGAACUUGUGUCCAUUACGGCCAACAAGAACACCUGUCCCGGAGACAAGAGUGCCCUCACUCCAGGAGGACUCAGGCUUGGGACUCCGGCUCUGACCUCACGUCAGCUUAAGGAAGCAGACUUUGUAAAGGUUGUGGACUUAAUUGAUGAAGGGAUUCACAUCGCACUGGAUGUUAAGAGGAAGACCGGAAACCUGGCCAGCUUCAAGUCCUUCCUGCUGAAGGACCCGGACACAGUGUCACGCAUUGCAGAACUUCGCCAGCGGGUGGAGCUCUUUGCAAGGCCCUUCCCCAUGCCAGGAUUCACUGACCACUAAACUGAGCAGUUAGAAAACUACUCCACUGUUUACCUUUUUCAUAUCAUGGAAAUAUCCUAUUGAACGGAAAUGCAAAAUAAAUUUUGCAUUAUUGAUUUUAUAUAUACAUAUUAAUGUAUAUUAAUGUAAAGGAUGUGUCACUUCCUUUUUUUAAUGUAAACUAAUGACAUCAUAUACUUUACUGUAUGUAUACUCAUGACGUCAUAUACUUUAUGUAUACUAAUGACGUUAUAUAUUUUAUGUAAACUAAUGACAUUAUAUACUGUAUGUAUACUAAUGACGUCAUAAACCAAUUGAUAAAUAAUGCAAAAUGCAGAAAAAAAUGCAGCGCAUCCUGAAGAUGUCUAAUUGGAAUGAUGGAUGGAUAGAUUGAAGUUGUAAUAUACAGUAGAAUAAGAAGAAAAAAAACUUUAUGGGUAAUAAUGCUAAUUUAACACCAGCUUUUUUGUAAUGUGUUUCUAUUUCUUAGAGAGGACAGUAGUUUAUUUACAAAAACUAAGAAGUAUGUUUAAAUGCAUUAAAUCUUCUUAAUUCUAAUAAAAAAACAUAUUUUUUAAUGGGAUGAA